ACGCGAUUUGACAAGCUGCCCCUGAACGCAGCACGGGGACGCGCACAGCUGAGAGGAAAACAACGUGAGGAGCGGAUGAGGACAGAAAGCAACAAUGUGACCGGAGGAGAAGAAGGAACCAGAGUGAAAGUUCAACCGUUGCAGGCCGAGUCAGCUCGAAGAUGGGCGACCCGGAUCUGACAGGGCAGCUCUUCCAGGCAGUUCAGCAGAGGAACGGUUCAGCCGCAGCGGUCACUCUUCCCUCCAGCACAGAGGACCCUUCAACCACCAUCAGUGGGAUCAUCCCCGGUGCGAUCGCAGCCGCGGUGUUCAUCACUUUCUUACUGGCUCUCUACGCUGUCCUGUGGAAGUGCAUGGUGUCGCCACCACAACGAAAGCACAGCAAGGUGAGGGUGAGACUGCAGCCGAGGAGUUCUGUGUGAACACCGGCUCUCGGGCUCGUCUGUUCAGCAGCUUGUUUUGGAUCGUAAUGGUGCGGACUCAAAGCAGACUUUGCCCCCCCCCCCC